UGAAGCUCUGUCUACACUACAGUUUUGAAAGAGUUAAUCGUGGGGAGAUUUAGAGUGAAUUUGUAAGGAAAAUGAGUAUGUUAGCUGGGUUAUUGACAAAUUCAAUUCAGGCAAACCUCUUACUAUGAUAUGACGAGGGGAAGGGGAAGGGGAAGAAAUGUAUGGAACGCCAUGCUUAGAGAACUUUCUUACCAGUCACUUGCUCAAGCACAAGUUUAAACAUUCGGCACGCUAUUUGUUAUUUGGAUACCAGGCAAUGCACAUAGCUAGUCCGGUACAUAGUUGUCAAGGAUCAGGCUUAGAAGAGAGAAAGACGAUCUGCAAUGGGUUUCAAUGGGUUAUCUCCAUGGGCAACGGACUGAUUGGUAUGUAUUCGAAAUGUGGGGAAGUUGAGGAUGCUCGCAGAGUGUUCGAUAAAAUGCCUCAUCGUGAUGUUAUCUCUUGGAAUGCAACGAUUUCUUCUUGUACCCAAAAUGGGUAUUACAAGGAGGCACUCAGGCUAUAUCAGCAAAUGGAAGAACCCGAUAUGAUUACCAUUGCAACUGUUCUCCAUGCGUGUGCCUCCUUAGCUGAUGUAUCAGAGGGUAUGGCCAUUCACGAAUACGUUAUCAAAAGCGGGCUUCAACUGGACCUCUUUGCGAGUACUUCGCUGAUAGACAUGUAUGCCAAGUGUAACAAGAUAGAAUCGUCACGCCAAAUAUUUGACAAAAUGUCUCGAAAAGAUGUGGUCCUCUGGAAUGCCAUGAUUGCAGGGUAUGCGCAUAAUGGAUAUUGUGAUGAAACAUUAGCUCUCUUUCGAGAAAUGCAACUUUCAGGCUUAAAGCCUACCCAUGUAACCAUUGCAAGUGUUAUGCCAGCAUGUGCCCAGUUGACGCUUCUACAGUAUGGGAAAUCAAUUCAUGCAUAUGUGGUAAGAGGUGGAUUUAACUCAAAUGCUUUUGUAAACAGUGCUCUUAUAGACAUGUAUGCUAAAAAUGGGAGCAUGGAGAUUGCACGGAAAGUGUUUGACAGAAUGUCUCAAAGAGAUGUAGUUUCAUGGACUGCAAUUAUUACAGGAUAUGGGUUGCAUGGUCGCAGUGAGGAAGCCUUGACACUCUUUAACGAAAUGAGCAAUUCAGGCACAAAGCCGGAUCAUGUAACCUUUGUUGCUCUACUCUCUGCUUGCAGUCAUGCAGGCCUGCUGAGUAAAGCUUGGCAAUACUUUAAUCUCCUAAGUCAUGAUCAUAACGUAACUCUUGGUUUGGAGCAUUAUGCAUGCAUGGUCGAUCUUCUCAGUCGAUCUGGGUGCCUGGAGGAGGCUUAUAACUUCAUUUCAAAGAUGCCAAUGAAACCCACUUCUGGAAUAUGGGGAGCCUUGUUGGGUGCCUGCAAAAUUCAUUGUAAUGUUGAGCUUGCAGAAUGUGUGGCUGAAAAACUCUUUGAGUUAGAUCCCAGGAAUGAGGGUUACUAUAUUGUGUUGUCAAAUAUUUAUGCUGCGGCAGGAAAAUGGAAUGGUGUAGCAAAGAUGAGAAAAAUGUUGAAAGAAAGAGGAUUAAGAAAGAGCCCAGGGUGCAGCUGGAUCGAGGUGAAUAACAAAGUUCACGCAUUUGUUGGAGAUGAUAGGUCACAUCCAGAAUCAGAAGAAAUAUAUGCAAUGCUGGACAGCUUAUUUAGACUGAUGAAAUGUUCAGGUUAUGUGCCUGGCACUAACUUUGUGCUUGAUGAUGUAGAGGAUGAGAAAGAGAGAGAAAGAAUUCUGUCUAGUCACAGUGAGAAGUUGGCUAUUGCUUUUGGGAUCAUAAAAACAGGUCCUGGUAUACCCAUUAGAGUCACAAAAAAUCUUCGCAUAUGCGGUGAUUGCCAUAAUGCAACCAAGUUCAUUUCAAAGAUUGUUGGACGCCAGAUUAUUGUGAGAGAUAUGAAUCGUUUCCACUGUUUUAAGGAUGGACUUUGCUCUUGCGGAGAAUUUUGGUAAUUCAUAACCUAGCAGCAAAAAGGAGUUGUCUUUUCUUCAUUCACCUGAAUGCUUAGCGAAGCAUGACAAAUUAGCUCCUCUCUUUUCUUUUUCUAAUUAUAAUAUUUGGAUUGCCCUAGCAGUCUUUUAUGUUCAUAUUUCAUACUAAGUUAUCUAACCUCUAUAUUUGACAUUUUUCCAAGGUCUCAAAUCUUUCAGAGUUAGAAAUGAGACUGAUAAAACGUAUAUGAGACCAUUCACUAGAAUAAGGGCUCUAGAACUGAUGUUCUAGAAUCUGGUUACUCCCAUAUGGUAUAUAGGAGUUCUAGAAUCUGGUUACUCCCAUAUGGUAUAUAGGAGUUCUAGAAUCUGCUUCCUCCCAUAUGGUAUAUAGGAGUUGAUAGCCUCACUGUAGCCGCAAAACUUUUUUAUAUGAUUCUCAUUCUUCCAAACAAUAUGAGCAUUAAUUUCAACCAAUUAAGAGCUCUUUUUCCAUGCCUAAUAUAGACAAUUGAAAACUUGCACUAGGAGAGGGGUUAUGCCCCCGACAAGUUGCAAGAGGUUAUUUUAAUUGAAAAUUAAAAUCAAUCACUUGGAAAUCAACUUAACAUGGAAAAAGUGUACCAAAAAUUGUCAUCCAUUCAUAUAAUUUAAAAAAAAUGAUUAAUUAGUCUUCAAAUUAAUUGAUUUGGAAGCGGGAUGAAAUUGAUUGAAUCUUCAUUUUAUCAUUUUGACUUGUAAAAGAACUAGAAUG